AUGGACCAGUUAUUAGAUUUGGAACAACUUCAGAAGUUAUCUCCCGAACAAAGAGAGCAAGUUAUUGCUGGUGUGAAACAACAAGCUGCUAUCAGUAAUGCUCAAAAUUUAAUCACGGAUUUAUCUGAAAAAUGUACCCAGAAAUGUAUAACAAGUCCCGGCACUUCUCUUUCCAGCUCAGAGAAGCAAUGUCUCCAGAGAUGUAUGGACCGAUUUAUGGAUACAUGGAAUUUAGUAUCCCAAUCGUUGCAGAAACGUCUUCAAGACGAAAUGUCUUCUUCCGGCCUGGGAGGUUCUGGUUUUUAG